AGUUGUUUACAGUGUGGGUAUAGCAACGUGCUGGAACCUUCUCUCGGACAUGCCGGACCAGGUAGAUGAUUGUGUGCAGCAACGUUGGUGAAUGGAAUCGUAUUUUUGAUAAUUUGAUACUUUUUCGGUAGUCCUUACUUUAGGACGACUUUCACGUUAGAGAACUUACUCCUCAUUAGCUGCAAAAUGCUUGAUUGAUUCACAGAUUCAUUGAAGAGAGGGAACUGGAUUUACAGCAAUGUUGGACACAGAAUCAGACUUUGGUCUUCGAUGGCUCUUUAACCCAAACAGCUUUGAGUUCCUACCAAUUGAAGAACAACUCAAAAAGUACAAGAGCCGUGAUCUAGCAAAGGCAAAAACCUAUGCCACAGCCACAAAACUAUGGGGCCUUUCACGGAACCGAAAGAGGGUAUUCAUUGCCCCGCCAAUGGGCGAUCACCCUGGGAGGGAUGUCAGUGUCCGACUGGCCAAUGCUAGGUUAAAGCCCUUGGACACACCAAGCCCCCCUGCUAAGAACAAAGACUGGGCUUUGAGUGAGCUUGAAAAGAUCGCUGCCCACGACCAGGAAAUCGAGGAGAAAUCGAGCGAAUACAAGGCAUGGCUGGAAGACAGGAUGAAAUUGCGAGAUGGUUUGGAGAAUCUUGGAUUGAAUGAGGAAUGGUUGAGGCAUAAACCGGAUCCCAGUCCUUUGGAACGGAGGGUGGUGGAACGCAUGAGAGGAGAGCGACUUGGGAAACAUGCAAUAAACAAGGGUUUAACCCAAACACAGGAUAAUGAACUUCAGGAAGGGCAUGAUCCCACCAGCAUCAAGCUGGAAGUGCCAUCCAGCGAGCCAGUCAUGCCAGGCAUCAAACGGCCACCUCCUGAAGCCAUGGCUGUCAUCGCCAAGUACCUGACUGCCAAGCGACAGAGACUGAUUGACCUGUUUGCCCGGGCUGAUAAGGAUAAAAGCUGGACUCUUACCAGAGGGGAGUUUCAGCGAUGCAUCAAGGAGGCAGGCAUUCCAAUCUCCUCCCAACUCCUGUCGGAUCUUUUGGAGAGCUUGGAUCAGGAUUCCAAUGAUGUGAUUGACUACAGGGAAUUUGUACACGGGAUGAAAGACUUCAGAAUAGAUGAGAGGAAGAAAGUCUCUAUGGCUUUAAAUAAAGACAAACAGCCAGAUAGAGUGGCGGAUCUCAAAUCAGCGCUAAGUGCCACGUCCCCGUUGUCGGACCUGCGGCGUUCUGGCUCACAGCGCUCGGUGUCGGCAGUCUCGGGGGCCUCCUCGUCACAUUCACCCACCGAUGCGACCUCCAGGUCAUCCUCCCCAUUCCUGUUGCCCCCAGUAACCGAUCUGACAGAGCGGCGGGAGCUGGAGCCAGAUGAAAUGAUUGAGAAGAGAAAACGAGAGAGGCAUCUUGGCUCUUUGAUACAUAGGAAAAAGAAAGGCAAGAGUAAAGGGGUCGGUAAAGUUCGGUCAGGCAACCCGGCCAUAGACAGUCACAGCAUGCGGUCAACCAUCGGAGGAGAGACAGGGUCAGGCAUCAACCAGUACAGAGAGGCUAGACUCAAGGAAUACCAUGAUAUCUGCAAGCUGUGUGAGAAACAUGGUAUAGAUCUAACUCCACAGCUACUGGAACGAGCUCUACUGCACCCAGGUGACAAGCCCAUCAGUCGCAUCAGUUCCCGCAUCCGACAGCCAGGUACCCACACUCUCUCCCAGCACUUUGCUGACCCGCCAGUCCCCAGUGAGCCACCACCCAAGUACCAUGACCCCGACAAAGUCGUGGUGAGCCGCAGCGGGGAGCUGAUGAUGGAGGCCAAGCACGCAUAUCCGCAGGCCCAUGAGGUGCGGGCCGAGGCCGAGAUGGUGAGCCUGUCCAGCGGCAAGGCCUUUGUGAGUCGCAAGGUGGACUGCUGGAUGACAUUUGAGGAGUAUGACCGCCUUACCGGGCAUCUCGCCAAGCGCUACGUAACCGUCGAUGGAGCUGGGGUGGAUCCAAAUGUGUUCUGGCCUGGCCACCUACUGGACAAGCUUCAUUUGUGCAUGCCUGGCACAGACAGGCCUGACACAGAUAGCAUCUUCACCUCCACGCGAUCGACGACGCAAAGGGCCUACCCAGGCUACAACAAUGACCUCAGGUGGUGGCCAGUCAGCGAACAUGGUUACAUGAUGCCGGCCGAUUACGAGCAGAACAAAGUGUACAGUAUCGACCCGAAGUGAAAAGUUAGCCAAGAGAAACUAGUUUUACCCUUCAAGUACAGAUUUAUACCAUGACGACAUCAGUCAGGAUUCAUCAUAAAGUGCCUGGAUCCCUAGCCAAGGGUGUCUAUAUGUUGCUUUUAACCUCAGCCUGAAGAGCGCCCUCCUUCCUUUAAUUUUUCAUUUUUUAAUCAUCAGCUGAGAUUCUGGCAGUGUAGUUGCUUUUAUUUAAACCCUUGCCAUUGCCCUUUUUGUGUUUCACUGAACCUUAUUAGACAUUUUGGUAUUUCAACUGGUAUUUUGGUGCCUUUUCGGUUUUUAUGCAAAUGUAAAUUUCUGUAUGCAUUAACUAAAUGGUGAUGUCACGUCAUUCCAAGGACUAAACCUCAAUGGAAUGUUGGUAUUUCGUCGUAAAUUACAUGGCAGUGAGUCUUUCCUCAGAAAUGUUUCCAAUUAAUAGCAAAAUUUUCGGUUUGUGUUUGUGAUUUGAAUAGAAAGAAUAAAAAAUGCUGCAGUGUCUUCCUGAAUAGCAUCACAGCAACAGCGCCCUCUGUUAUCUGGAAAGGGAAA